ACACAGAUUUCAUGCAUAACUAAGCCACAAACUCCCCAGGCCACCUAACAAUUCCCUUACAAAACUUCCCCUAGCUUCCCCACACACAGAUUAAAGAAAGCUGGAAGAAUGGGUAUUCUUGAUCAUCUAUCAGACUUGUUUGAGGUUAAGAGAAGAAGAAAGAAAAAGCGAAAACUCAUGCAGACAGUUGACAUCAGGGUUAAAAUGGAUUGUGAUGGCUGUGAGAGAAGGGUUAGGAACGCUGUUUCUUCCAUGAAAGGUGCAAAAUCAGUGGAUAUAAACAGAAAGCAAAACAGGGUAACAGUAUCAGGUUAUGUGGAGGCAAAGAAGGUGUUGAAGAAAGUAGAAAGCACAGGAAAAAAGGCUGAGUUAUGGCCAUAUGUGAAGUAUGAUUUGGUGUCAUACCCUUAUGCCCCUGGAGCCUAUGACAAGAAGGCUCCAUCUGGUUAUGUGAGAAAUGUUCCCCAAGCUAUUAUCCCAAGUCCAAAUACGGAGAGGUUCACCUCCAUGUUUAGUGAUGAAAACCCUAAUGCUUGUUCACUCAUGUAACAUAUAUAUUUACGUGUACAAUAUCAUAUAUGUAUAUUCAAUAAAAGUUCUAAGGGUAAUAUUAAAAUAUAGG